UUUGCUCGUACUGUUUUCUUGCAAGAUAUCGAUUAUCUCUGGCAUCUCUCGCCAACCAUAGAGCUGUGGUCCCGUCGCCUUCGUCGUCGUGGUGGUUGCUGUCGUGAGCGUUGCGGAAAAAUUGGUGUGCCUCCGCCGUAUUGUGGGCAGCAUUUUAAGGGCUCGUGUGUGCGUCUGAUCAUUUUGGUGGUUAUUUUUCACUUCAAAAAAGGAGCAUAUCCUUUGAAGCAUAGUUUAAGAUUUCCCGUAUUCUCGAUUGCAUAUCGGGUGUAGAGUGUACGUGCGAGAGUGUGUGUAUGUGUGUGUAAUCUAACUGGUAGUGUGUGCUCUCGCCAAAACCAGCUUUCACGAGGCCAUUCAUCAGGAUCGAAAGUGCAAAGCUGGAUACUUCACCGUUCCCUACGCGGUCCUGCUUAUAGCAAAACUAGCUCUAGCGAGAGGGGUGGCACAUCAAAGUAAAACCCCACUUGAACCAGGUCUCAGGUCAGACGGACGGAACUCGGUGUCAGUUUUCACUUACGUUAUGUCAUUCAUGUAAAUGAAUGAACGGUUCGGAACGGGAAAAGAAAUCGAUGCCCUUGUGGAAAGUUCGGUCCGGUAGGUGUGGGCUUUAAUCCGUUGUGGGCACAGCAGCAGGAGCCAGCGUGCCCUCUCUCUCUCGCGAAGCGAACAAACAAAAACAACCAAAUCCCGUGGGUUCGUGCUGAAUUUGGUGGUGGUCCAAGGUUGAUUUCCAACGUGGAAUAAAUUAUUGAUUGCCCUCAUCGAGUGACAAAACAACACAACCAUGCAACCCUUUUCGAACGACUACGGUGGAGGGUAUGGCGGUGGUAAUGGGUACGAGGAGCAGCAGCCCCAGCAAGAGAUCCCGAUGCGUACGCAGGGUGUCGCCCGGCCGAUGGUUGACCCGGAGGCCAUGGGCGAGGUGGACCCAACACUCUACCCGCAGGCGAAGGAAUCGACACACAAGAUCCGGGGCAAGUCGGACAUACUGGAGAUGCUGUUCGGUUCCGUCGACCAGGAGCUGCUGCCCGUGAAGACGUUCUACUUCUUCUUCUACUCCGCGUUUGGCUCACUGUUUCCGCUGAUGGGAGUGUACUUCAAGCAGAUGGGCAUGAACCCGGGCCAGUGUGGGCUGCUGAUCGGUACGCGCCCGUUCGUCGAGUUCCUGUCGGCACCGUUCUGGGGCAGUUACGCGGAUCGCUGUAAAAAGGGCAAAAUGUUGCUGCUGGCAUCGCUUGCCGCGUGGAUCAUCUUUACGCUGCCCCUCGGCUUCAUUCAACCACCGGCCACGAGCUGUAUCGAGCGCAAGAAUGCCACCGAUUUCGAGCUCCGCACGCCCCAGGUUCCGCGCAUCCUGAAGCGCUCCAUCGACGAGAGCAUGCUGGAGGAGCUGAGCUUCGGCAAGUAUGCGACCGAUAGUGGCAGUUCCUUUACCAGGGUGGAACGUGCGGCACGUCCCGUGGCAGCGGCCGGUGUAUCACCGCUCGACGUAAGCUACGCGAACAACUUCAACGAGAAGCUGCACCGCGAUUGGGUCUCGCCAUUGUUUUCCUCGAUCGUUUAUCGUACAGCGGACAUUCAAAAAGCUUUCUUUCUGCUGCUGCUGCUCGUCAUCAUUGGUGAGUUCUUUAGCGCACCGGCAAUCACGCUGGCAGAUUCGGCCGUCAUCACGAUCCUCGGCGAAGACGCCGACCGGUACGGGCAUCAGCGAAUGUUCGGUUCGCUCGGCUGGGGUUUGGCAAUGUUUUUCGUCGGCAUUGCGCUAGAUCACUCGACCGCCUUCCCCGACCAUCCUUGCGGGCCGGAAAAGCAGGAAAAGAACUACACCAUCUGCUUCGCGACGUUCUCCGUGCUGAUGGGUGCGGCACUGAUUUCCGCUACACAGAUUCAGUUCAAGUAUGACUACUCGGAACCACAAGAACCCGUCCAGGUGGAGAAGGUACCCCAAGAGUUAACACACGAAGAGCAGAUGCAGGCACAGUUGGCACAGCAACUGCAGUUGCCUUCACUGGCAGCCACCGGUACAGGGAUGGCCAGUGCUGCGCCGCCACCAGCAGCACUUGGAGCGCAGACGAAAAUGUUCGCCCAAACUACACGCGAAAUGCCGGAAUGGGUCACGGUGCUGAAGCAGUUCAAGAAUCUCAAGUGUGCCUCGUUCCUGUUCGUGGCGUGGUUCAUGGGCUUCGGCAUCGGGCUCAUCUUUACGUUCCUGUUCUGGCAUCUGCAGGACUACGGUGGCUCACCGACGCUGUUCGGCGUUGCAUCCGUCAUCAACCACAUCUCGGAAAUCUUUGCCUACUUCUUCAGCUUCCGACUGAUCACCCAGAUCGGACACGUGAAGGUGCUGUGCCUUGGGCUGGUCGGUAACAUUCUUCGCUUCCUGUACAUCUCCUACCUGAAGAACCCGUGGUGGGUGCUGCCGUUCGAGUUUAUGCAAGGCAUCACUCAUGCUGCCGUAUGGGCUGCCUGCUGUUCCUACAUCGCGCACAACACCCCACAACACCUACGAUCUUCGGCACAAGGAGUACUGCAGGGACUGCAUCAUGGGCUGGGUAGAGGCUGCGGUGCCGUUAUUGGCGGUAUGUUUGUCACCUACUUCGGCACAACGGCCACCUUCCGUGGUUACGGUGUGAUCUGUAUUCUCGUGCUGGCAGCCUUCGUGUUCAUCAACUUCUACCGCAAGGAUGAAGGUUUCAUCUCGGAAAUUCCUACCACGGAGGAUCCUCAUCAGGUGGCGGAAGAGACGGCUCAUCUGGCUCCGCACGGUGUCCCCAGCAAUCCCAUACCGCGUGCCCUCUCGAGCACGCGACUCAACGAGAUUGGUCAGCAGAACGUUGACAAUGGCUAUGGCACCUAUCAGACGACUGGUGGUGCACUGGAUGUGCCCGGCGGUGCCCCCAAGAAUCCGUUCGGUGCUCCACAGGGUAAUGUGUACGGUGGAAAUCAGUACUAAAAAGUGUAACGCUUUACACACGACAAAGACCGCACACCAGCGCACUGCGUGGCUGAUGUGGUCGAUACGAUCGAAUUACUACACCGUAAAACGCGACAGAACGUUCGAACGACUGAAUCCGGUAGUAGAUACAAGUACUUGCGGGCGAUGAUAAAAACAACACAAAUGGAUGUCUACAACAGCAACACUCUGCGAAUGUGAAGCGAAUGUGUAUUCCCCUAUCGGUCUCUACCUAUAUCUCUCUCACUCUUAAGAUAUUGAGCGAACCAGAGUCUCGAAACCCAUGUACAUGUGCUCAAGCAAAGCGCCAUUCAGCCAUUCCGGCCCAAAAACCGCCCACGGCGACAAGGACGACGACGGCGGCUAGCUACUAACUACAACUAAACUAUUACUUUGAUGUGCUAUGAUGGUAAGGCGAGUGCACGGUGUAAGUGGAUGUGUGACAUGAUAAGCUACACAACCAUUGUCUCGGGACUGUGGUUGUUAGUAACCUAUUCUUAGACGUCAGCAAAUGCAAAAGAAUCACUGUACCCGUUACAAGUAACACUCUGUUUAAGAUCCCACCCGAUAAGCGAAAAGAAAAGACAUCCUACCGCAAGCUUUCCAUUUUCCUGGAUCGUUUUCCCGCCACUACGUAUCGGGCAAUUCUUGUAGUGCUAUAGCACUCAAUUUAUUAGUAUAUCCGAGCUGCUGCUGUUGAUCUGUUGCUUUCUACGUGCAGCAUCGCCUCCUCCCCCCCUCAAAAAGCAACAUUCGAUUGUAUUCAAGUAGCAAAUUGGAGCAAACUUUAGGAAUGCUAUUAAUACUAUCUAUCUAUUAAUCUAUCUUUCACCGCACAUCUCUGAUUGAGGCGUUUGUGCAGGUGGACAUGGUGAGUCUGUUUAAUUAUACCUUAAGUAAGCGGGACAUAUGUAGUAUCUUAGCAUUGAUGUGAGUGAGCGAAGCGACAUCUACCGGUGGAAAACGUGUGAAGUAACGCGUUACUCAUGGCAGCAAAUGACAGGUAAAAUCACGUGUUAAAAUCUCUGGGGAAGCCCUCGAACACCCUGAAACAACUGUUGAACAAGGUCUAGUCUAGUGUAGUCUAGUGUGUUCCUGAAUUUAGGAACAAAUCAAAUUCUAGAGUUCACAUGUCAGAAUAGUAACGAUAGCAGGAAAUGUGCUACAAACUUAACUAUUAGAUGUGGUUGUAUUGCGCUCUCUGUCUCCCUCACAGGGGACUCACGACUUCCCGUCACGUCUGUUGGUGUGUUUUUGUGUGUAAGUGUGCUGACUAAGCUGUCCGUUGCAUCUCUGUAAUGGGUGAGAGGCGUAAGUGUACGAAUGGAGUGGAAAAAAAUAACAGUCUUUAAACGAUCAACAGGAGCAAUGAGGAAAAACAUAGUAUUAAAUAAUCUACAGACUCGAUACACCAGUUUGGAGCAGUUCUUUAGCAAAUAAUUUUCUUCUUUUUUUUCAAACGAAAAAAAAAAUAGAUAUGCACACACCUUAAAUACAACAUGAAACGAAUCCAAAAGAAUCGAAAACAAAAAUUACGAAAUACUACCAAAACCAUACCAUGGCACAACGAAUGUUCGAAUCUCAUUUGCAUACCCUCGCGGAAGCUUAACUGUGUAUUCGGUUUAGGGAAUUUUAAUUUUGGCGAGUAGCUGAUAAGUUUGCAAAGCAAAUUCUACCCCAGGCCCUCUGCAAACGGUACAGACGAGAAACAGGAUAACUGGCACAGGAACAAUCUGAUAUAUGUAGUAUAAAACAACAAGAUGGUAUCAAAGUGGCAAUUUUUACGACGAACGUAAACAACACACGCAAAAGCUUUAUUAUCUCUAGCGAGACAUCAGUGCGCAUAUCAGUUUCCAAAAACCUUACACGUGGAUGGUAUUUUUAUUGAGAGAAGUAUAUUUAAACCAGCAGCAUAUUAACUUACGCCGGACGGGAGAUGGCACUAUGGAUGGUUUUGUUUUUUGCUAGCUCGAAGAAUGCAACCGGUGUACCUGUAGUGAUACACACGCGCACUCAUACAAACACAAAUACAAAUGGGAAUGGGUGUGCAUUCGAUCGUGCGCCAUCUUACAGAGAGUAUUUACUACGUAUAGAGCUGGAGAAGCAAACAAAAUAUACAUAUAUAUAUACAAACACACACACACAUGAUUAUUGUGAAACUAUUGCACUUAUAGUGAGAAUUUGGUCCGUGGAAGACUCGACUCGACAAAAUCUGAAUGCACACCCUUUAAACGUACUAUCUUUCUGUUAGCGUUACAAGGAUCGUAACGCAUUGCGAAAUGUAUUAGUUACUGUGUUACCACCGGAUAGAACGGUGCUACUGUUUAACGCUUGAAAAGUAUUAUGCGAACUAAAUCACGUGUUAUUUAUUUCAUAAGAAUCGGUUUUUCUCGUUACACACUGCUAUAUUGAUCACUCUACUGUUUGAAGUCUAAUCGUAUCCUUGUAGAUGUUUUCGUGACCUAACCGUAAACGAUCAACCUGAAUAUACCACUAAAACAAAAGAAAACAAACCCAAAUAAUAUUAAUAAUAAUAAUAAUAAUAAUAAUACUAAUACCGAUCAACUAUUAUCACUGAUAUUAAACAAUCAAACAGGGCAAACAAAUUUGCCGUUCCAAUACAUCCGAUGCCCAUGAUCGAUGUACAGCACAGAGAAAGCGAGCACGUGUAAGAGCGACUCACCGAAAGACACAUCCCCACACACACAUACACACAUACGCACAGACACACAUUUACACGUACAUGAGUAUUGUAAGAAAAGCACCGCUAAAGAAAUUAUGCUGUAAAGAUAUCUCUAACUGCGUACGCAAACUCACCAAUCAUGGGCAAAUAAAGACAAAACGUUAAAAACGUAA